AUGCAUCAGCUGUUUGUGACUUCCCUUUUGGUCUGUCUGUGUCUGAUGGAGCAUUGCCAUGGGAACAGUAGCUUGGGUAACAGCCUCAAUGAUCUACACACAAGGUUUGGUGUCAGCCUCUACCAAACACUCACAGAGACAGAGAACUACUCCAAUCUGAUCAUGUCUCCGGCCAGCAUCUCAUUGUGUCUUGGGCUUCUGCAGCUCGGGGCCAGAGGGAACACUCUCGCUCAGCUCGAGGGAACUCUGGGUUAUGACGUAAAUGAUGCCCGUGUAAGGGACGUUCUGUCUCAGCCACAGGGAGACCUGGGUAAUUCCAGUGAUGGAGUGAGGCUUCAGCUUGCCAAUGCAUUAUUUGUCCAGAGUGGUGUGAAACUCCUGCCAGAAUUUACCCAGCAUGCCCUGGAAUGGGGUAACAGUAGUCUACUGAGUGUAAACUUCAGCAAUUCAAACCACACUCAGCUACACCAAUGGGAACGUUACCAGAAUAAAGCUGAAGACAAGCUCCAGAUAAAAGAGGGCACACUGCAGUCCGGUGGUCUCCAGGAAGAAAUGCCCAUGCUGCCGCACAUGGCUUUAGUGAGCACAGUUGUGUUUCAUGGUGCCUGGCAGAAACAAUUCCACUUUUCUGAAACUCAGAACCUGCCGUUCAUCCUCACAGAUGGCAGCACAGUCAAAGUGCCGAUGAUGUACCAGUCAACCGAAGUCAACUUUGGACAGUUUGGCCUGCCUUCAGAGCAGCCGUACACAGUAUUGGAGCUACCAUACCUCGAUCGCUCGCUCAGACUGCUGGUGGCAUUGCCUAGUGACCGGAAGACACCUCUGUCACACCUAGAAUCUCAGCUCACGGCCCGUGCUGUGGGACUGUGGUAUACUGGGUUAAGACGAACAAAGAUGGAUAUAUUUUUGCCCAGGUUCAAGAUGGAGAGCAGAUUCAAUCUAAAGCCUGUGCUGCAGUAUCUUGGUGUUUCUGAUGUCUUCAGUCCCUCAGCAGCAGAUUUCAGAGGCAUCUCAGAUGGGGAAAGACUUUUUGUAUCUGAAGCUUUUCAUGAGGCAAGAAUAGAGGUGACAGAAGAUGGGACAAAAGCAGGUUCAGCCACAGCAAUGGUGCUAUUGAAAAGAUCACGUUCAGCAGUUUUUAAAGCAGAUCGACCAUUUCUGUUCAUCUUACGACAGAUCAGCACAGGUUCAUUACUGUUUAUAGGUCGAGUUUUGAAUCCAGCUGAGAUGCAGUGAAGAGAUACGUGCAAUCAUAACUGCUCCAUACAGUUAUUUAACCCAGCAGACCCCAACCUCCCUCGAGGAGAUCCAAG